AGAGAAGAAAAGAAGCAGCGACCGACGAAUGAAACUUUCGGAUUAAAUGUACAUGAAAAAAAAGUGAAGAAUUUCUGACAGAAAAAUGAGAAGCAAGAAAAAUAACGGAACAGAAAAAAUAAAAACUUAAAUCUUUACCAUGUCAUCGAUUCCCGCAUCGACAAUCCAUCGUUCGACGUCAUCUUCACGAGCAAAUAACAUCGCGACAGCAAAAGGCAAUGUUCAAGUACACCCGAGUUACAGCAACAACCAGAACGGCCCAGAACGCGUUCAACAAUUGAAUAGGGAAAUUCCUGAGGAGAAUUUGUUGACUUUGGGAACCUUGCGUUAUGGCAUCCGGAUGUCUUCCAGUCCUCGGGUUACGGAACGUCGUAGUAUGUCGUUUCCUUCGUCGACGGGAACUAAUUCGACUUCUAGUACGAACUUGAGUCGAAUUCCAUCGUCGGUUUCGAGUAAUCAAACAACUUCUGUGGCAACGACGCAAAAUGGAGGAAAAGACAAGGAUUGUUGCUGCAUUGGAUCGUCUUCGUUGCCGUGGAUGCAUCAUAGUCACGAACAUCAUCAGCAUCAACAUUUCGGAGCGAAUGGAGUGAAUGGUCAAAUUAUGUCGAGGAGUACCAAGUUGCCAUUGCCUGCGAGUCAUAAUAAUAAUGUGUCUACAGGAGCGCCAACAGCAGCUAAGAAUAGAAUCGUUUCUCAGAGUAAUUUUGCUCCGCAGUACUUGAAUCAUCCGCCGUCGAGCAGUUUAUUAACGUCUUCGCAUCGGGAAGCAUCUCCGCCGACGACAGUUUGCUGCUACAACGCUGGCAGUCUCUCAAGCUCCAUUCGUGGCAAUAAUCUAAAUAACAACAAUAACAACAGCUGUAACAAAAAUCAAAACACGAAAAGUAACCUAAUUCGGUACGUGAGUCGGGCUCAAAAUAACGCCAAAAGUAAGAUUCGGGUGAAAAGUGAUCCGUGCCUCGGGGGGCUCAGUGUGAACUUGGUGCAAAUUAAUGACAAUGACGGUACGCCAGAUGACGACGAUAAAGAUGGGAAGAACCAUCAUAAAUUAUUAUUGUUGAAAUCGUCGUCGUCGUCGUCUCAAACACAAUCUUCGUCGUAUGUGAUUGGUAAAAAUAGAAACGCCGCCACCGUUUUAUGCAAACCAACAACAACAACGUCGUCGUCAGAUUAUUCAAACAAUUUUUCUGUUAAUAACAAAGCAAAAGUAAAUUAUUCGGGCGCACCGCGAACCAGCGAAAAUUUGAAUUUAUUGAAUUGUUUCGCGAACGCCUCCUACAACAAUAAUCGCCGUGAUUCACGGUCGUCAUCUGUGUGUCUCGAGCCAACCGAAGACGACGACGAAGCAGCAGAUGUUUCAUUACGUAAAAGCGAUUCGCGCAAAAGUUUAAUCGCCCGCAAUGAUUCGCAACGUUCCGAAUCCCGGAUCGCGUAUCGUGGUCACUUGAACAAAUCUUUCAAGAAACCCUCGAGUUACGAAGAACAAAUCCCGAAUCUCGCGGAAAACUUAAAUUUCAUCGAUUGUUCGUCAUCUGGCGAUGUUUCGCUUCGCAGCGAUGACGACUCGUCCAACAAUUCGCAAAAGCAGAAAAGAUCAUUUCUUCAUACAAUUCCGACCGUUAGCCCGCUUCUAACAACUCUCACGGAAAAUACGCAAAAUAAUAUCGACUUUAAUAAAAAUCAAAAUAAUAAUCAAAAUCUUAAACUGAAAGAAUUCUACGAGCAAAAAACAUUGAACACCGCCGCCGAUCUCCAUAAAUUCAAAUCAAACUCGAAUAAUAUUAAUCAGCGUUACAAGACAAUUGCCGCGAGUGAAUAUGCGAACAACUGGAAUCCGAAUGAGAAUUACCCAAAUAAUAAUAAUAAUUUUUAUGAGACGACAAAGAAUCUCGUGAAUAGUGAAAAGUCGAAUAAUAAAGUGAUCAAUAAUAAGAAUUUUAACGGAGACACGAAAAUUUCGCAAACAGUGCCGCGGAACAUAAAUACGAAUAAAAAUUUAAAGUAUUAUCAGUCGCAGCAAAUUAAUGGUAGUAGUGAAAAAUUGCAGAAUAAUCAGAUUUAUAGCAAUUGUCAGGCACUUACGAAAAGUCAACAGGAUAUUCAGAAACAGAGAGCAGGAAGUGUUCGUCGAUCGUAA